GGGGGCGGAGGAGCUAGAGAGGCCGAUUAUACAAACCAGUGGACGCGUAGGCCUUGGUAACUUAUCGCGGAAGGAGAAGCCGUCACGUUGAGCCCGCGGACACACUUGAAGUCGAGCUUCGAUCGAGUCUGCGUCUCAGCAUACGGCGAUGAACUCCGUCGAUUAUCUCCCGCGGGCCCGCACGAUUGCAGCCGCGUCGCGGAACACGGUGUCGCGCUGUGCAUGGAGUACGAUGAAUCAUGAGGGCAGGGUCCAUAAGCCAAGUGUGUCAUCAACAAUUGAAAGCCGAAAUCAUCCUCUUCCAAGUCCGCUUCCAGGUCGGUCGGCCACUUGAAGAAUGGCCGAUGUUCAGCCCACCCAAGCCACCCGUCUGCAGAAGUGCUGGGACCACAAUCAGUCCUUCGCGGACAGCGAUUCUCGGCCUCGCAAGCCGUCGUCUUCGAAAUUACCUUCUCAAAUGCGGAAGUCAGUGCCACUUAGGCCCUAGUAGCUGCAGGAGGAGCGAAGUAUACCGGGGAUAUUUUUGUUGGCCUGAUGCGGUGCAUUCCGAAUGAUGUCUCAGUCGAGAUACUCGCCGGGACGGCGUUGUUAGAUGCUGCGAUUGUAAACUGGUUCCUACGAAUCACGGGCUAGCAGCAACUCUUGUAUCGCCCCAACGGUCCCCACUGAUCAGUCAUACUCGCCGUCUUCACACUGACUACCUUC